ACAAACAGCAUAAGAUGAGUUUCAAGGAAGUAGCUAAAAGGCCUCAUGCAGUAUGCAUUCCAAUGCCGUUUCAAAGCCAUAUAAAGGCAAUGCUCAAACUAGCAAAACUCCUCCACCACAGAGGUCUUCAUAUAACCUUUGUCAACACACUGUUCAACCAUAAACGCUUUCUUCAAUCUCUAGGACCUAACUCCCUUGAUGGCUUGCCUGAUUUUCGGUUCGAAACCAUUCCAGAUGGCCUUCCAAGUUCAGAUGAAUGUGUGAAUCAAGACGUCUAUUUGCUUUGUGGUGCUGUCAGGAAAAAUUUCUUAGCUCCGUUUCAAGACCUCCUCAAGAAACUCAAUGAAACUGCAAUUACUUCCCACAGUACUAAUCCUCCGGUGACUCGGAUAAUAGCAGACGGUUGGAAUCCCUUUGUCUUCAGAGCAGCAGAAACAAAUCGAAUCCCUGUUACACUCUUCUUUCCUGUUGCUGCAAGCAGCUUCAUGGGAUUUGCACAAUAUCCCGCUUUGAUGGAAAAAGGAUUAGCACCACUCAAAGACGAGAGCUGUUUCACAAACGGGUAUUUGGACAAGGUCAUAGAUUGGAUUCCAGGACUGAAAGAUAUCCGAUUAAGGGAUCUCCCGACCAACUUUCAAGUCACAAAUCCUGAUGACGGCUUCUGGAACCACUGCUUGGAAGCAAUUGAAGGAGUUCAAAAAGCUGAAGCUGUUGUUCUUCAUACUUAUGAUGCAUUGGAGCAUCAUGUUUUGGAAUCUCUCUCGUCUACGCUUCAUCCACAUGUUCAUGCCAUUGGCCCUCUCCAAUUACUCCUUAAUCAGAUACCAGAACACCCUUUGAACCCUAUGGGUUACAGUCUAUGGAAAGAAGAAACCGAGUGCCUCCAAUGGCUCAACUCCAAAGCGCCAAAUUCAGUUGUUUAUGUGAACUUCGGCAGUUUAACGAUCAUGACAUCGAACAAUCUUGUAGAGUUUGCUUGGGGACUUGCAAAUACCAAGCUUCCCUUCUUUUGGGUAAUUAGACCUGAUUCAGUUGCUGGUGAAUCGGCUAUUUUGCCACCAGAGUUUGUGGCUGAAACCAAACAAAGAGGUCUAAUAGCAAGUUGGUGCCCACAAGAGCAAGUGCUUAACCACCCAGCAGUUGGAGGGUUUUUAACACACAGCGGUUGGAAUUCAAUGAUUGAGAGUGUGACUGCAGGAGUGCCUAUGUUGUGCUGGCCAGUCUGCUCAGACCAACAAACAAAUACCUGGUCUGCUUGCAAUGAAUGGGGAAUUGGCAUUGAGAUCAUCAGUAAUGAAGUGAAGAGAGACGAAAUAGAGAAGCUUGUUAAACAGGUGAUGGAGGGAGAGAAGGGUAAACAAAUGAGAAAUAAGGUGAUGGAGUGGAAGCUACUUGCAGAAGAAGCAACCACUCCACAUGGUUCUUCAUCCAUAAACUUGGAUAAUUUAGUGAAUCAAAUGUUACUAUGAGAAGAAGCUAGAUGUUACAGAUGAACUCAAUAAACUAGCUUGCGCUAUGUUAAUUGCGCCUAUCUUUACUUUACUUAGAUUGUUUCAUGUUGGUCUAAAUGUUCCUUCCCAUAUAGGUGUGUUCUUUCCCAUACUGAAAUUAGAAAGUGAGUUCCAAGGAGGUAGCUAAUAAUUAGCCUCAUGUUGUUUGUA